AAUUUCGCAUGCUUCAACUCAACGCAAAUCAGACUUUGAAGGAAGCUUUUUUACGCGGAUUUUUUCGAUAACCUCUGCAAUAGAUCUUUUUGUCGCUCUCGCAAUCGAGAUUCAGCCAUGACCGAUCUCGAUCGACUCAGCAAGGACGAUCCUUUUCUCCUCCAGUAUCAGCCGUCCGAGCUCCGAGUCGCGUCGGAGUUCCUUACCACGUGGAUCCCUUUUCUCUCGAGAGACCUUUGCCGCCAGUGUACCCAAAUCCUCUCUGACCGCAUCCGCUCUCUCGACCCUGAAGUUGAGGCCGAAGCAGAAUCUUCAUAUUCAGAUAUAGCAGUAACACCUGUACCCCUAAGCAACUGUGAAUCCCAUGAUAAUGGUUUCGUUGAUAACUGUGGCAAUCAUUCAUCGGGAAGUUGGAAAGAUGAGGGUGGAGAUGGUGUUAAUUCUUUGGGCAGUUGGAAAGAUGCAACGAAUGGGUGUUCAGAAUCUGUUUUAGAAGCAUCAACUAGUGUAAUUCUUGGUGCUUCGCCUUUGAUCGAAGCCCCCAGACACCAGAUGUCUUGGGCUGACAUGGCACAAGAAGAUGAAUUUGUUGAGGAGGAAGAGGAAGAGGAAGAGGAAGAGGAAGAGGAAGAGGAAGAGGAAGAGAGGGAGUUAAAAAAGCGGGUAGUUAGUGUUAAUGCUUUGACUGGGGAGAUGAAGAUAUCAAAGGAUGUUGAAAAGCCUAAGCUUUCUAGAGAGCAAAGAGAGUACAUCAGGUUUAUGAGUGUGAAAAGGAAGAAGGAUUUUAUUUGUUUGGAGAGGGUCAAAGGAAAGAUUGUUAAUAUUCUCGAGGGACUUGAACUCCACUCUCUCGUUUUCAGUGCUGCAGAGCAGAGAAGGAUAGUGAAUUAUGUGCAUGAACUUCAUGAAUUGGGGAGCAAAGGAAAACUAAAAGAGAGAACAUAUACAGCCCCAAAGAAGUGGAUGAGGGGCAAAGGGCGUGUAACCAUCCAAUUUGGUUGUUGUUACAAUUAUGCAACUGACAAAAAUGGUAAUCCACCUGGCAUCCUCCUGAAUGAACUUGUAGAUCCUAUACCUAACCUCUUCAAAGUGAUCAUUAGAAGGCUGAUCGGGUGGCAUGUUCUCCCUCCGACUUGUGUACCUGAUAGUUGUAUUGUCAAUAUUUAUGAUGAAGGGGACUGUAUACCUCCACAUAUUGACAAUCAUGAUUUCCAUCGGCCUUUCUGCACCGUGUCAUUUGUUAGUGAGUGCAAUAUAGUAUUUGGAUCUAACUUAGAGGUUGUGAGUGCUGGCGAGUUUACUGAAUCAAUUGCAAUUCCUCUACCUGUGGGAUCUGUUCUUGUACUAAAUGGAAAUGCAGCUGAUGUGUCUAAGCACUGUGUGCCAUCCGUUCCAUCAAAGAGGAUAUCUAUUACAUUUAGAAAAAUGGAUGAAGCGAAACGGCCUAUUGGCUUUGUUCCAGAACCUGACCUGCAGGGGAUUGAACCAUUAGUUUAUGAUGUAGACAAAACAAGGAGGUUAAAAUCUCCCAAGUAUGGGCCUUAUAGGAGAAGACAGCCAAUUGGGAAGGAUGGAAAAAUUGGUGCUAGAGGAUUUAGAGAGAAUGGUUCCCAAUCUGAACCUCAUUAUUCAACUCGAAGUGGACGAGGCUCUGCAAAUAAGUGGAGGGUCAGGUGAUGGAUGAGAUGGAACCAUUCUGUCGGUUAAAGUGUAAUUUGCAGAUGUGAAAUAGCAUAGAUUUAUUUGUGGGCACAUUUUUGUCUUAUUGGUAAGCUUGGUAUAGAGUUUCUUUGUGUGGAAGGGCCAUGAGAAAUGGCAUGUUGGCAUUUAUACAUCAAUAAUCUACCCACCUAUGUGUAAGUGUGUGUCAAAUGGAUUGUUGUUGGAUUUUUGAGCUAUCUACGAACAUUUAUGACUGGGAUUCAGAGAUGCUUUUACAAUAAAGUUGCUGGGACGACUAUAUGUGCAGUUUUGUGUGGCUGGAGCCGUUCGGCGUUUGUGGUUAGGUUCUGCUUGAUAUAUGCAGUAUGAUUGGAUCUGCUAGUUUGAAGCCCAUGAUUGGAGUUGCAAGUUGGAGGCUGCUUGUAUGUGAUCAGUUUGCUUUUCUAUGCCAACUAAUUUAAUCCGUUGAGCGAGUGUAUUAUUUUAUCAUCACACUAUUAAACUUUUAGAUUCUGUUGUGUUGUGUGUCUAUAAACAUUUAUAUUAUUAGGUAAAUGGAAAAUUGUACUAUUAUAAUUC